ACUUUUCGCGCAUGCGUAUUCUCAGUUGAGUUACACACGCAUGAUGGCUGCGGACAGUAUCUUGCUGCUGUCUCUGGUGGAGGAAUUUGUCUCGGGACUACAGGACAGCAAGGCUAAAGAUACAGCAACAGGUGUCAAAGACGGAAAGUUUACAGUACUACAGCUGGUGGAAGCACUGGGACAGAGUUUGACCAGCUCUCAGUCUCACACUCGAGCCAGAGGAGUCCAGCUUCUCUCUGAAGUUUUACAGGAGUGCUAUGGAAGCCUUACAGAGACAGAAGUGGAAGUGCUCAUUGCCUUCUACGAAAACCGCCUAAAGGACCAUUACGUCAUCACGCCGCCUGUUUUACAGGGACUCGGAGCGCUGACAAAAUGUACAGUGUUGCCUCCUGGCUCAGCUGUGUCCAUGCUGAGGUCUUUGUUCCAGGAUGUUCAUGUUCAGUCUUUGAUGCUGACGGAGAGAGCCUGCGUCUACAAAAUGCUCAUCAAUCUCAUGGCGACCAGAGAAGCCGAACUGAAGGGUUUGGGGGCAGACUUUGUGUUUGGUUUUGUCCAAUCGAUGGACGGAGAGAGGGAUCCUCGCAACCUCCUGUUAGCCUUCCAGAUUGCCAAGAACAUUGUUCUCCGGGGUUAUGAUCUAGGUAAAUUUGCGGAGGAGCUGUUUGAAGUGACGUCCUGCUAUUUCCCCAUCGACUUCAGCCCCCCUCCCAGUGACCCCCACGGCAUCACCAAAGAGGAGCUGAUCCAGAUGCUGAGGGACGUCCUCACUGGGACGCCACGAUUUGCUGAGUUUCUGUUACCGCUCAUCAUUGAGAAGCUGGACUCCGACGUUCCGAGUUCCAAGCUGGACUCGCUGCAGACUCUGACUGCUGGCGUGUCACAAUAUGAACAUAAGGACUUGGCGGAAUUCCUCGAGGGACUGUGGGCGUCACUGCGCCGAGAGGUGUUUCAGACAGCAAGUGAGAAGAUUGAGUCUGCCGGCCUCGCUGCUCUUACCGCACUCACUUCCUGUCUGUCUCGCUCGGUCCUCAGCUCUGACUCUGAAGACUCCCUCAGCACCUUCCUGGAUCUCGUUCUCAAAGACUGCAAACAUCACCUGUCUGAGCCGGACCUGAAGCUGGUGUGGCCCAGCGCCAAGCUGCUGCAGGCCGCCUGCAGCGCCUCCGACAGGGCCAGCCACAUCAUAACAGCCGCCGUGAUGCCCUCUCUCAUUGAGCAGUACAACAGCAGAGCACAGUGUUCCCACAGGCGAACAUUACUGGAGGUGGUGCAGCGAUUUAUCCUGUCAGUAAAAACCUGCCGGUCUUCAGACAACGAAGAGAGUGUGUUUUUAGCCUUCCGUCCGUCUCUGUGCAGCAUGGUGUUUUCUGCUCUGACCGAGACGAAUGCCAGUCUGCAGAUCACAGCCAACUCUGUGCUCACCUCACUGGCGCAACAAAGAGGCCUGCUGUUGGACUCUGAUAUUGAGCUGGCUGUAGAUCACCUAACCAGGCUGGUGCUGACGGAGGACGACGCCGAAGUCAGUCUUGCUGUGGUGGAGUGUGCCGGAGCCUUAGCAGCGCUGCACCCUGCAGCCUUCAUCACUAAACUCAUCCCAAGACUAAAGACGGAGAUGUUUUCUGAGCCCAUGGAGCAUGACAACGAAAGAGCAGUUUCUGAGCGGCGUUCCCAUCAUGCAGUGCGCCAGCGGUGUUUGUCUGCUCUGGCCGCGGUGUCCACCCAACCCAGUGUUGUCCAGGAGAGCACGCCUGUCCUCCUGGAGGUCCUCAGCUCAGCACACACAGGUGGCGUUGGUUUCUCAGUGGAGGAGGUGGUGUUGGCGUGUCGCAGCCUCCAGAGAAUAGCAGUGCAGGUUCAGGACACUGAGGAGACGGGACGAUGCUUCCAUGACAUCAUUAUCCCGCGCCUGCUGUCUCUGGCGCUCCAGGCAGCACUGCAGGGCGAGGGGUCACCUGGUUGUCGUAGUCCUCUUGUGGAGGAGGCGGUCCUGUCUGCCAUGGUCCCUGUCAUCAGCACUUCCUGCUCCAGGCUGCAGCCCACGUUGGCGGGACAGACGGCGUCGAGGGCUGUGUCUCUCUUCCUGCACGGUGAUGUUUCCUUUUUGCCCGACAACUCCUUCCCUUCACACAUCCAGCUGCUCAAGAAGCAGCGGGGCGACUCGUGGAGCCAGUCUCAGAUGGUUUGCCUGCUUAUGGGAUGCGUGUGUUCGUUACCUCGCAGUGUGGAGGUGCCUCAGAUAGAGGAACUGCUGUCAGAGCUGGAGGAGAUGAGCUGCGCCUGCAGCCACCCGCUCUCAUACACCUCGGCUGCCAAGUGCUUCGCUGGCCUGGUUAACAAGAGACCACAGGGUGAUUCUCUUGACAGCCAAAUCCAGAGCAGCGUGAAGAGAGUGUGUAGGGAGUUGGACUCUGCGUCUGCAUCCGUACGCACUCAGGCCUUCACCCUCAUGAUCUGGGUUGCCAAGGCUCUGCUUCUCAGAUACCACCCUCUGUUUACAACACUCACUGACAAGCUCUUCUCUCUGCUCGACGACGCCGAUCUGGGUCCGAUGGCAGCAGACGGCUUCACGCUGCUGAUGAGCGACUCUGCCGACAUCCUGAACCGCGGUUGCCAUGCUGACGUUCGCAUCAUGUACCGCCAGCGCUUCUUCAGCGAGAAUUCAGACAAGUUGGUCCAGGGCUUCAACGCUGCGCCGCAAGAGAAGAAGCCCAACUACCUGAAGGCUCUGUCUAACAUCGUCAAUACACUGCCCAAGCAGGUUCAAGUCACUGAACUGCCAAAGCUCCUGUCUCUGCUGUUGGAGGCCUUGUCGUGUCCCGACCAGGGCGUCCAGCUGUCCACCCUGUCCUGUCUGCAGCCCGUCAUCAUGGACCCCCCGCCAGUGCUCGUCCAACAGCUGGAGGCUUUGGUCAGCAGGUUGCUGGCCCUCACCUCCAGUCCAGCCAUGAACGUGAGGAUCACUUCAUUGCGGUGCAUCCAUGCCGUUUCCCGCUUCCCCGAACAUGAGGUCUUGCCUUUUCGGGCCCGAGUGCUACGAGCUCUGGCCCGGCCCCUGGACGACAAAAAGAGGCUGGUGAGGAGCGAGGCGGUGAAGGCAAGAGGACAGUGGUUCCUGUUAGGAAGUCCUGGGGGAAGUUGAUUCUGUCCUCAGCCAAAAGUCUCCCAUCCUCCCUAAACUUGGAAGAAUACAAAGGAAAGUCAAACUCCAGGACCAGGUACCAAGGAUCCAAGCUGCACAACGGCUCUCUCUCCUCGGUUCAACUCUUCAGUGGAUCCCCUCUUUUCUUUGGCUCUUCCAGCAUCCCUCUAUCCCCCCUUCUCUCAUCUUCUCUCCCUUUUUACUCACACGUUUUGUGUAGCUGUCUGUUAUCUUCAUCAACGCACAAGUAAGAGUAUGUGGCCUGACUGUGGAGCAUUAUCCCAAGUUAAAAGAAUGUAAAUGACCAGUUUAUUUAAUAGGCCACGCAGCACAUGUACGUCUUCCUCACUACGUAUUUGAGAAAACAUCAGAUUGCAUGGAGGCAUUUUGGUUGUUCACAAUUU